AUGUUCCUUCAAACAGUUCUGUAUCUACUUUUGGCGGUGUACUUCGGGCCCAUCCUAGUGGCUUCCGAAGGAAUCGAGUCCUACGAGAACUACUAUAACGAGAUCCAUGUGGAUGAUGAGCAGGCGGAGGCCAAGACCCGAAAUGCAUUGACAUCACCGCUGCAACGUUGGCCUGGAAACAAGAUAUACUACCGAAUAUCUGGGGACUACAGUGAACAGGAGGUGGCCAAUGUCCGGACAGCCAUGUCUAGUUUUGGAGAACAAACCUGCGUGGAGUUCGAGGAGAUCGAAGGAUCCCCGCCCUCGGGCAAACGAUAUGUGUCCUUCAAGAAAUCACCCAACAUGUGUGGAACCCGAGUGGGCUAUCAACCCCUAUCCUUUGGUCCCCACGAAGUCGUCCUUAAUGAGAAAUGCCUGACCAUGCCGGCUGUCAUCCAACACGAAACACUCCAUCUGUUGGGACUUUUCCACGAGCAAAGUCGUCCCGAUCGCGAUCAGUACGUGCAAAUCGACUAUGAUAAUAUCCCUAGGAAGUACUGGUCCCAGUUUAUGGCCAUGGAUCAGACUACCACUUUCGAUGUUCCAUAUGACUACGAGAGCGUUAUGCACUAUUCGAAAAACGCCUUCGCCAAGGACCCUUCGAAGCCAACAAUUCGGGCUUUAAUCGAGGGAAAAGCUGUGGAAAGGGAAAUGGGUCAGGUGCGAGGACCUUCAGAGGGCGAUUGGACCAAAAUUCGACUUAUGUACAAGUGCUAG